AAUGAAGCACAAACCAAGUUAUUGGAAAUCUACUCACUUUGCUGCCUCUGUCCAAUAUCUUAAUUUCAUUAUUGAGUGCAUCAUCUUCCCACUCGCCUUGAUUCUAUACAUAAAUCACUACAAAAUGGAUAGAAAUCUAUAUGACAAUUGGGAAUAUAAACCCAUUAUUGAAAUUCAAAAAAUAUAAGGCUCUAAAUGCCCAUCCGAUCUGGAAACCUUCUUUGACUAUACUUACCCAGAAACUUCCAGUGGUAUUUAUCAAAAUUAUAAUUAAAAGGAUGUGAUUGUGGUUUUGGCGAAGAAGAUGAGAAUGGCCAAAUUGAUUAUGAUAAACUGAAAACUGAACAUUGCUAGACAUCUGACAUUGAUGAAGGAUGCACCGAAAUAACUCCUAUAGAAUCUAAGGAUUUUAUCAUUUGGAAGGGGUAUUCCAUCUGCGGUAAAAGAUCUGAAUACACUUACAGAGAAUUAUUUUAUGAAAGGAAUUGCACUGCGAUUUGCAAUGGAGUUUGCUAAACCAAAAAUAAUCAAAAUUCUUGUGGAAAUUACCAAGAUCUACUCUCCAAAGAAAAUCUAACUCAAUCUUAUUUCAAUUUCACCUUAAGCUAUGGAAUUGAUGUUUGCUAUGAGGAUGGAGAGUCAAUUAAUCAAUAUCCAUUGUUAGAAUCAGCCUAUAAAUGCGUGAUUUAAUCAUCAGAAUAUGCAUUCAUUGAUGAAUUUGAUCAAUAUAUGUUAUUUGAAGAAAAUGAAUAUCCUUAUGAAAGUUUACCAGGAUUAAAAUAUUUUAAUGAAACACCUAAAUUUGGUCUUUUUGGUGAAAAGUUUACUGAAUAUAAUUGUACUAUUAAAUAGAUUGACGUCUCUAAUUAUAGAGACAACUACAUUCAACUUGUAUUUUUGAUUGCUCUCAUUAUGGCAGGUAAAUUCUCAUCAAAAUAAAUUAGGCUGUUUGAUGGGUUUCGGAGCUAUAUUUCAUUCAGCUAUCAUCUAAAACUUAACUAGAAAAGGAAUAUUCAAGCAUAAAAUAUAUAAAGUUACUUGGAAAUUUUAUUGUCCUACUACAUUCCUCAUUCUUCUACACAUGGCACAUUUAGCUAUUGUAGGCACUAAAUUGGGAUUUCUUGCUCAUUUUAGAACUACUAUGCAUUCUUAUAUUGAAAAUGUAAUAGUGUUUCAUAAUUAUAAUUUAGAAAUGCACCGAUUGGUCAAACAUAUUGAAUCUUGUUUUCAUGAGAGAUUUUAUUGAUGCAGAAUUAAUGCCUCUUUGCAUUCCUGAAUUAGUUCUAACUUUUGGAGCUAUGCUAUUAGAGAUUUUACAGUUGUGCUUAUUUGAUAGGAGAAUACCUGAGACCAUAGCAUCCCCUACACUUAAAGGUAGAGAGAGUCCUUCGAAAUCAAACAAUUUCAUUUUGAAUUUUGGGUUUGAUAAAGAAGAAAACAUGGAAAAACACGUUUUGGAUACUGAAAAUAUUAGAAUUAAUAAGAAGAAUGUAUUUAUUUACUAAUAAUAUAGGAAUAAUUAAAGUUAUAUAAUGAAUGA